AUGAACGCGAGGAAGCUCAGCGCGGCCUCCGGGGCUGGGGGCCAAGGGCGCGGGUCCCGGCGUCCGGAGCGGGCAGCCCGCCCGCCCGCAGGUCCCCCGCGCCGCCGCGCCCGGCCCGGGAAGAGCCGGCCGCGGCGCCGGAAAGAGGAACCCCACGCGCCGGGCCCUCUCGGGGGGGCGAGGCCACCACCGCCCCCCGCGGCCCCCGCGGCCCCCGCGCGCCUGUACGCGUCGGUACGUGCCACCCGCGGGCUGGGCGCGUCCACACCGCCAACCCGACGUGCGCGCGCCGCCGGCUCCUCCGUGCGCGAACCCGCCGCCGUCCCACCGGGCGCGCGCCUCCAGACCGGGCCGGCGCGAACGCACAGAGGCCGGCGCUGGCGCGGCAGGGGGCUCCCAGCGACCUUGUCUGCCCGGUUCUUCCUCCCCAUGAAAACAAAUUACACCCCAGGAAAUUACCGGGACAAGGGCGGCCACUUCGCGUCCCACCAGGUCUCCAGCCAGAACACAGGAUAUAUUCGACCUUUAGAUGAUUCUCCAGAUGGCUUGGAUAUUGUGCAGCUGGAGUGGCUGGCAUAUUGGGCAACUCUUUCUAGGCAACCUAAGGUAAAAAAGCCACCCUAA